CAGUAGCAGCAGUUUAGUUUUUUAUACUUCUUCGUAUUUUAUCAGUUGCUUGAUGAACUACAAUCGUCCUUGAUGAAAAAAGCGCAACAUGCCAUGAUUUCUCGCCGCCAAAGCUGGUGCGAGUGCGAGAAUAUUUUCCUCUUCUGCCCGGCAAAUUCUCGCAACAUAUGAAUCAUUCUGGAGAAGACAAAAAUUGUCAGUAUAAAAACUUUCGCUGCUCCUCAAAUCUGCUACAUGUUGAGAUGUUCAGCUAUCCUCUGAUGAAGGGAGAGUACAUACAGCUGUGCUGAAACUCUGCUUUCCGAAGCUAACCGUGUAUGAUUCCACUACAUUGCUACACGUCUUGUUGAAUGGUGAGCUAGCCCUCCUCGUGCUGUUGCAGAUUCCACUUCAAUAAAUUGUUCCUCACCACGCACGACGAAGAGUGCAUUCCUUGCAUCACGUAUUCGUAAAUCUAGGAAUCAUCGCCUGGUGCAAACAUUCACGGCGUGGAUAGUCGCCUAAUCGUGGUCUGGAACAAUGCCUAAAGGAAAGAGCAGGAGAGCGGGCAGUAAAGCCCGAGCGGCAUCAUCACAACAGCCACAGGCAGAUGGAGCCCAAGCUCAAGCUCAUGUGACACCACCAAAACCUCCAAAGACAGAUAAAGCCGAAGCCCAAAAGGCUGCGAAGAAAGGAGAAACCCAAACCGAAUCUCCACAACCUGUGGAGAAAGGUGAACUUAAAGUUGAAGUGCCACCAUCGCAACCUCCGAAGAAAGAUGACACCCAAGCUGAAGUACCCCCAGUACAGCUUUCUCCGGAGAAAAGCAAACCUGAUGUGCCCGCAUCACAACCUUCGAAGAGUGGCGAAGCGCCGCAAGGCAGAGAACCGCAAACGCCGAGUGCUGAUCCACCUGCUUCACCGGAACAAGACCCCGAAGUGUCGAGCACGCAAGGAAUGGAGAAAGCGGCGAAAAAGUGUGUGCCAUAUGAAUUGGAAAAGUUCGAGAGGGAUGUCGAGGAGCUAGUGGUGUUCAAGCAUAAGCACUUUGCCGAGUUUGGCCUGGUGGACACUGCGGAGGAUUGCGAUGCCCGCUUGACGGCGCGCGUGGCCGAGGUGGCUGCACCGAUCCGAGAAAUACUAGAACAGGAGACCGACCCGACGAAGCGCGGCCGUCUCUUCGGCCUGCUGGGCCGUGCCUUGUUUGUGAAGCCGUCCGCCGACCUGGACGAGGUGUCCGAGCACCUGCACAGCGCUACGAAGCUCCACCCGAUGUGCGAGGUGACGUGGACCAGCCUGGCCGAGUGCUACUUCUACUGCGGGCUGACAUCACUGAGCCGCGUGUGCCUGGACUUUGCCAUCAGUUUGUUUGGUGGAACACCACAGCUUCUGAGAACAAAGGCGCAGACCUACUCGGGUGGUGAUGAAAGCCAAGAGAAACGAGACAAGGAGUUAGCAGAGCGACUCCACUUGGCGACAAAGGCGGUGGAUAUGGACGAAUCUGAUGGUGAAUCAUGGCUUGUACUGGCCAACACCUACUUGAUAUCGUACUUGGACCACAGGAAGAGCGAGGUGUUGCAGAAGACAGCGGACACGAUCGCCAAAGCCGCGUGUGAUCCACGAAUGAAGUACAAUGACAUGUAUUAUAGUUUGAGCAGUCAGGUUUCACGUGAGCGCGGACGAUAUGAGGAGGAGCUCGGACACUUGCACACUUGUUUUCUGAUACAACCAAGCUGGUGGAAGAAACAAUACACACAGCUUGGUGGCUGGCUAUUGGCUGUCAACCAGUGCUGUGCACUCCAAAAGCAGAGAGAAGCUGAGCACACGGCUAAAGUCGAGCAGCUAAAAAAAAAGCGGGAGACGGCUGCUUCGGCAACGAAUGACCAGGCCAAGGAGGCGGCUUCUGCCUCCACUCCUGAGAAGAUGCCAACCGCCAUCGUGUGUGGCGCCUCAAGACGGAGACCUGGCACGUCUACCUGCUUUGCAGUGGUGUUGGAUGCCGAUGGCAGCAUGUUUGCGCUGAUCAUUGCGAACGCCAGUGACAAGUUUAGCCUGCGAGAGGGUGACAUCAUCUCACUCGACCACUUUAGUUCUUGCUUACAGGAAGGAAAAUUCAAUGAGAAGGCGUUCAGCUUCCAGAGUGUCAGUGCGUUCUCGUGGACGCUAAGCAUCAACGGGGCGCCGUGCCCGAGAGAGUUCAUUGUGUCCACUCACGCUGUAGCGUCUGCCAGCCUCUCGUAACGUGACACACAUACGUACUUGUACACAUACCGAAGUGCACACACGCACGCACGCACGCACACACACACACACACACACACACACACACACCUUUUUGCAGAUUGUGUCUAUUUCUGAAGAAAAAACCGAUGCUUGACCACUACUCCAGAAUUUAGUUGUGUCAAUAGGUUGAGAUCCAUUAGCUUGUCUCUGCUGUGCAGGCUGAACAUAGUAGGUCAGUAAUUGACCCAGUACAUAGGACAUUGAGUAUAAUUAUUAAAAACAAAUACAUCUAACUGUUAUUAUCGGAUUGGGCUUGUUGCCACGCUGCACCACAUCUACCAGGAUUCUGGCCCUCGCUGUUCUUUGCAGCCGCAGCAUAUUAUUUCGACUCACUGCACCCGGCUCCAGGCUACACAAAAGUCAUUUUGUAGUCUGCCUCAAUAGUCUUCCUUGUAAUGUUUCCGUUGGAUGUCCAUAGUUACGAAGCAACACAGCAGUCUUAUUGCUUUCCCCCCUUUGGAUUUUGGUGUUUAUGCAGUGGUAAUGACCUGCUAUAUAAUAAUUAUUAUCAGACUAUGAAAGAGCAAUUCUCGAAUACAGGAUUUCACUAGUACA